AGUGAGCAGCGACAAUGUGUUGCCUGCAUGACGGAUGUUCCUCUCUUGAGAACUAUGGAGUCCCCUUGCUCCCAUAUAUACUGCCACAAAUGUGUAAUGGACCUCUUCAAGUCUGCCAUGGUCGACGAGUCGUUGUUCCCGCCCCGAUGCUGCAGCCAGAAUAUGCUUCUCGAAGCUACCGAGAGUUUUUUGCCUGCGGAGCUACUUGAGCAGUAUCGAGAGAAAGUGUUGGAGUACGAUACGUCGGACAGGACAUACUGUUACAUGUCCAUUUGCUUAAAGUUCAUUCCUCCUCAGUACAUUAAAGACGAUGUGGCUACAUGCAAAAUUUGCCACAGCAAGACUUGUUCCAUCUGCAAGGAGCCAUAUCAUGAGAAUUUAGACUGCCCUGACGAUAAAGAGACAAAAGAGCUUCUCAAUGCAGCAGUUGAGAAAAGGUGGCAGAGAUGCUACUCGUGCCGCAGAAUGGUCGAGCUCACGACAGGAUGCAAUCAUAUAACUUGUCGCUGCAAAGCCGAAUUUUGCUACAACUGCGGCGUGCAAUGGAGGCAAUGCAGCUGUCCCCUUUGGCAUGAAGCUCGAUUAGUCGACACGCAUCGAUUAGUCGACACGCAUCGAUUAGUCGACACGCAUCGAUUAGUCGACACGCAUCGAUUACUGCGGGCAGCACCACGCCAACGACUGAGACCAGUGUACGUUGAGCCUGCUGAUUGCAAUCAUCUUUCUUGGCAAAGCAUUGAUGGCAAUCGCCGAUGUGAAAUAUGCGAGCAGUGGAUGCCUCAAUUCCUAUAUCAGUGUGGCGGUUGUUUAAUGUGGGCAUGUCGGAGAUGCAGACACAACCGGCUUUGA